GUCGCUUGGCGCGCUUUUCCGCGCGCCAUCUUAGUUAUAAGUUUUUUUUUAAAACUUGGCUUAGGAAAAUGUGGUAGUGUGUCAAAAUAUUUUGAGUGACAGUUUUAAUUUUAAUUGAAUGUUAGUUAGUGUUUGUGUCACAAUGAAGAUUACCGGGAAAGUUGCUUGCCGCAAAGAGAAUCGGCCGCAUUCUCUAAACGCGGCGAUCAUGAAGGAGAAAAGUAAGAACGCCGCCAGGUCGAGGAGAGAAAAGGAAAAUGCUGAAUUCCUGGAACUAGCCAAACUCCUCCCCUUACCAUCCGCCAUCACGUCACAACUGGACAAGGCGUCCGUCAUCAGACUGACCACGAGCUAUCUUAAAAUGAGACAGGUCUUUCCAGAUGGCUUAGGAGACGCGUGGGGAGCCGCACCACCUCCACCACAGCCGCGUGAGCUCUCGAUCCGAGAACUGGGCUCACAUCUUCUGCAAACUCUUGAUGGUUUCAUAUUCGUAGUGGCACCAGAUGGCAAAAUCAUGUACAUUAGCGAAACCGCAUCAGUGCACCUUGGUUUAAGUCAGGUGGAGUUAACAGGUAACUCAAUAUACGAAUAUAUCCACCAAGCUGAUCACGAAGAGAUGAACGCUGUCCUCAGCUUGCAGCAUCCCCAUUCAUAUCUUGGACAUCCAUCGAUCGGUUACCCGGUAGGUGGGACGUGGAGUCCAAACGUGGACAUCGAGUGCGAACGGGCCUUCUUCAUCCGCAUGAAAUGCGUGCUGGCCAAGAGAAACGCUGGCCUUACCACUUCAGGAUAUAAGGUCAUCCACUGCUCCGGAUACCUCCGAGCCAGGCGCUUCGGGGAGGGCACCGCACCGCUGGGGCUGGUGGCCGUAGGACACUCCCUGCCCCCGUCCGCCGUCACGGAGCUCAAGUUACACUCCAACAUGUUCAUGUUCCGAGCUUCUUUGGACAUGAGACUCAUCUUCUUAGAUGCUAGAGUCGCAUCACUAACUGGAUACGAGCCCCAAGACCUGAUAGAGAAAACCCUCUACCAUUAUAUACACGGCACUGACGUACUGCACAUGCGCUAUUCACAUUGUACAUUGUUAACAAAAGGGCAAGUGACCUCCCGUUACUACCGCUUCCUGACUAAGUCUGGAGGCUGGGUCUGGAUGCAGAGUUACGCCACCAUCGUUCACAACUCGCGUUCUUCCCGACCGCAUUGCAUAGUUUCAGUUAACUACGUUCUUAGUGAUAUAGAAGAGAAAAAUCUCAUACUCAACAUAGACCAGGGCCCACCAAAACUGAACCACGUUGACGUACCACACGUCCCCUCCACAUCCCCCCAGAUGUCACACAGGCACACGGACAAAAUAAACCACGUCAUAAACGAGAACGACUUCAGCACAGACUCCAGUGGCUACAACUACCCCGAUUACACUCUACCCGUCAUCCCGCCCUACGAGAGCCACGAGGAAUACCAAAACGGUACCUACCAAGAGUUAUUUUAUGAAAAUUAUACGGAACCGGAAGUUAUACCUAACAAUUACGCAUACCCACAGAAUCAGAGGCCAUUUUCAGCGAGCUCAUCAUCCUGUAGCUCGAUCGAGAGUUCCGAGAUAAAUCAAUAUAAUUAUACGAAUUUAAUUUCAUUUUACGGCCAUAAUAACCAAGGACAAAAUGGCCGACAGAUUGACAGCAAUUUUGGCGGUAACUUUGGUAAGUUGACACCGAGCCCGUCGGUGCAAGAAGGCUCGUAUACAAGCGUCAUAGUCGAUAACACGCAACAAUUUCACCAUAGCGGAGCCGUUAACGAAUUUGUGCAUUGAUUAAUAUACAAUGGAUACAAAAUUAAAAAUAAACUUUUUUUUUUAAAUAUAUGUGCAGACAGUUAACCGUAACGAUGCUACUCGUUAUUUAAAAAAAAGCGCUUAGCAAAUUAGCAAACGUGGCAGUGAAACCUUUUUGCGUAAAUAUUUCAAUUUGCGUUACACAUUGAACGUUGCAUUAAAAUUCGAAAUAUAAAUUUACCCUCAUCGCACCCAAAGCAGUUUCAUUUCAAUUAAUAUAUUAGAUAAUAACGUUAUGUAUAAAACGAUAAUAAAUAGGUUAUUAUUAUUAUAAAAUAAAUAAUUGUAAAUAUUGUAAAUAAAUAAUUAUUGUUAUUUUAAUUUAUAAAUAAGCAUUGAAUUUUUUUAUUUAUUAUAUCUGUGGAUUUGUUUAAGAAUAAUUUGUACUCUGUAUUUAUAUUUUUUAUCUAUCGAAAAUUUGUGAUACAAAAUAUUUGUAUCUAUAGCAUAUUCCAAUCACAAGAGGAGUGAAUCCAAAUAAACAACUUUGACAACUAAUUGUCGCGAUAUCAUUUAAAUUAUGAGAAAAUGGCGUUUUUAAUGUCCGCGAAUUUGUAAUCGGAACUUUGGAAAUUAAAUUAAUGUAGUUAUAACUAUUUAAGUGGAAUAGCGUUGAAUAAAUUCAAUCAAGAACUGUUUGUAGUGCAUAACACAGCAGAACUAUUAGCAAAUCGUAUGGAAUAUUUAAAUCUUAGAAUUGUUAAUCUUUACUCCUUCGUCGAUUGGAAUUGGGUAUAGAACUGCUUUGUUCAAAAACGAAAAUUAUUUUUAGUCUGUAUUUAUUGUAAUGUUAUUUUAAAAAUUUAGAAAUAAUGGCGUUGCCUCGCCGAAAUAUCAAAUUAGAGACAAUAAUAGUGAUAUGUAUGAAAUGUAAAUAAUUAUGUAGCACAUAAGAAAUAACUAAAAAGUUCUUUUUUUAUUUCAAUUUUAUAUAUUUUUUAAAUUAAUUAAUAACUCAA